ACGACAAACGAGAUUGUGUGAUUACUUGAUCAACGUACUUGCAACUUCCGAAUUGAAACAAUUCUUCCUGAAUCAUCGAUAUGUUAACAUCAACAGAUACAUAAAACCUCAGUUUGUUGUGAACCGAGCGUGACUUAUAGUUAAUAUUUCAAAAGGAGGAAAGUGCGCUUUAUGCAUAAAUAUUUGUCACAAUUAUAUUGGAAUUGAUUUUUAAAGAUAUUGUUUUAAAGUAACGGAUUUUGAGGAUAAAGAUUGAAUACUCAAAGGAUGAGAUAUAAGUCUAAUCUUUGAACAUAUGUGAUGGCAAUUCUGUGAGAAAAGCCUUAUAUAUUUUUUUCGGAUUUAAUAUCUUUUAAUUUCUGUAACUAUUUUGGUAUACCAGUAUGUCUAGCUGUGAAAUUGGCGACAUUGAAAGAAGAGUAUAGCACAGGGAAACUGUGAGGGAAAAAAAAAAUACUGAGACUUAUGUCUAGCAAAAUUUACGACUUAUGUCUAGCAAUAAGAAGUACGAGAAAAUGAAGAAGAAAUAUUCGUUCAGAGACAAGAGAAGUUCGUGCAUAAAGUGUGUUCUCGUCGGGGAUGAAGGCGUCGGCAAGUCUAAUUUAGCCGCUCGUCUUUCAUCCAGAAAGUUCAAAGAUGAAUAUAUUCCAACUAUAUUUGACAACUAUGCAGCUACUGUGAUGCUUGACCAAAAACCAUUCCACUUCAGUCUGUUUGAUACGGCAGGCAAGGAGGACUAUGACAGACUGCGUGUGAUAUCCUAUAUGAACUGUGAUGUAUUUCUAAUAUGCUACUCUGUGAUAAGUCGGGAAUCCCUGGGAAGUGUGGAAUCACACUGGGUACCCGAGAUCAAACAUUACCUUCCUAAAACACCAUAUAUCCUGGUAGGGACGCAGACAGACACAAGAAGCAUGCAGUCACUCAACGGGGUAAAUUCAACACCAGAAGUGUCUUUCAAAGAAGCAGCAGAAGUUGCCAACCGAUGUGGGGCAUCUUCAUGCGUGGAAUGCUCAUCUCUGACGUCAGAUGGCAUUAGUGACGUCAUCAGGGAAACCAUAGAAACAGUGCAAAAAGCAGUGGACUGUAGGUCAAGCUCGGGACGCUGCUGUCAUUGUACGUUGAUUUGAACAGUUUUGUCGACAAGUGUUACUGACAUGCAUAUCUAAUACAACAAUAUCUGUGCUUUCCAACAUGCGCACGUGCGACCUAAAUUGUACAUUGAUCACUAAAGGAUCACGGAAGUAUGGUAUCAGCAGAGUUGCAAAAUAUUAGGAAGUUAAUAUGUCCAGGUCGCCGGUAUAUAAGCAGGACUUGAAAUCGGAUGCUAAGGACCAUUUUGUCAAUGGUUAUCCAGUAAACCACAUUUUCUUGACGUUUCAGUGGAAUGUUGUGUUUUGACCUGAUGGUGUGAUACUAGUCAUACUUUAUUUUCCAAUUAGACAUCUUAUUUAAAAUAUAUGGUUAUCUAUAGAACAGAAUCGAUGUAUUCCUGUUCAUUAUACCAUGAUAAGCUGAUACAGAGCUGACGUUAUCUGAUUCAUGGAGGUGUAUCUUCAGGAUUUCAGUUUCACUCUGUGAUCCGUUAAAAUAGUGAUGAUCAUACUAAACAUUAUUUUUACCAAACGCAUUAUUUUCGUCGGUGUGAGUGUCUGUGUGAUUCACGGCCGGUAGUUCUGUCUUAAUGUGCCAAUUCAAGUCUGAAAUGACAGCAGACUUUAAAAUAUAACGUUACUUUACUACGAAACCAGGGGACGGAGUUCGAGUCCCUGCUCCCCUAACAUCGGAAUAAAAUUCCCGUGUGUAUGUGUGCUUUACGCGCCUGGCAGUGCUGGCACGCUAAAGAAUCAGGGAAAGUUCUGGAAUUGGAGUGUCUUGUAUCUUGCACUGCCCUCUAACUAAAAUUAGGAGUCGCCCAUAUGGGGUCCGGUGGCAAAUAAACAAUCUGUCUAACAGACAAACAUAUAUAGUUGGUAGAUGCCCUGGUUCAUACUACUGGUAUGGCACACAUUUAUCAGAUCCUGGUAAACAUUUAUGUUUUGAACAAUGCAGUUGUUAAGUUCAUCUUAUUGAUGGAAUACAAAUAUUUUUGUAUAAAUAAAUUUAUAAAACAAAAUGA